GUAGAAGCGCCUCCUCCCACUUUUGGUGCUAGCAAAGAUCACAAUCACAAGUCGAUCGCCUGCUGCAAAUUUGAGAAGGGGGCCAAUCCACUCUGCUUGUCACAGCCACCUACCCCGACCACCACCCACACGCGGACGCCUGCCGGGAUGCAGUGGGCCGUGGGCCGGCGGUGGGUGUGGGCCGCGCUGCUCCUGGCUGCCGCUGCUGUGCUGGCCCAGGUGGUCUGGCUCUGGCUGGGCACGCAAAGCUUCGUCUUCCAGCACGAAGAGAUCGCGCAGCUGGCCCGGCAGUAUGCGGGGUUGGACCACGAGCUGGCGUUCUCUCGGCUGAUCGUGGAAUUACGGCGGCUGCACCCAGGCCACGUGCUGCCCGACGAGGAGCUGCAGUGGGUGUUUGUGAACGCGGGCGGCUGGAUGGGCGCCAUGUGCCUUCUGCACGCCUCGCUGUCCGAGUACGUGCUGCUCUUCGGCACCGCCCUGGGCUCUGGCGGCCACUCGGGGCGCUACUGGGCUGAGAUUUCCGACACCAUCAUCUCUGGCACCUUCCACCAGUGGAGAGAGGGCACUACCAAAAGUGAGGUCUUCUACCCAGGGGAGACCGUGGUCCACGGGCCUGGUGAGGCAACAGCUGUGGAAUGGGGGCCAAAUACAUGGAUGGUGGAGUAUGGUCGGGGUGUCAUCCCAUCUACCUUGGCCUUUGCGCUGGCUGACACAAUCUUCAGCACCCAGGACUUCCUCACGCUCUUCUAUACUCUUCGCGCCUAUGCCCGGGGCCUCCGGCUUGAGCUCACCACCUACCUCUUUGGCCAGGACCCCUGACCAGCCAGGCCUGAACGAGGACCUGUGGAUGGACAGGAGCAGGCAGGCCUGCAUACAUCCACUUUCUGGAGCCCAUGUGAAAAGACAGGGACACAACAUGCAACUACUAAGUUCCUGAUGUACAAGCAGGGACACACAUGCUUAUGUAACCAAAUACAGAGACUCGUGGGAACAUAUGGGACAUACAUGCAGAUACAAUCCCAUGUGUACGGCAGCAUCAUACGUUCACAACCAUCCAGAGAGGGAACCCCACAUGUACCAAGGGGGCCAGUCAUAUUCAGACAUACCACAAGCUUGAAUCACUAACUCAAGCCUUUUCCAGAGUUUUCCUGCCACCAGUCAAGGCUCUGGAGUUGGUGAUGGGUGUAGGUAUUAUACUCUGGGCCUGACCCUUCAACCCAACAGCAGCUGAGGUGGGAGGGAGAUGAAGGGUUGCCUGUGGAGGCCCCCCUCAUCUCCCCAUCCUCACCAUAUGCCUUACCUCAUUCUGUUCCCCUUACUAUGCAAGUGCUCUCAUGGCCUGUCCCCACUCUUAGCAACUAAGUCAGCUGGGAGAACCGUAAGAAUGGAGAAUGCUGAGGUCAGGGUCCUUCUAUCCUAAAAGACCCCAUGCCUUUCCCCCAUUCGUCCCUUAGGAGUGUGAUUGGGGGAGGCUGGCCUCAGCUCAGGGCCCACUGCUGGGCAGAGGACCUAGAGAAGUUAGCCUAGGUCCAGGGGGCCAACCCUGGCCUACAAAGGCCUUUUCUGCACACAUACACCCUCAUCACAGCUUCCACAUACUGCCCUUGAUGUCUGUCCACCUGUCUCUGUUAAUAAAGACUUGUUGAACAGUCA